AUGGGCCGUCUUUCUGGCGAGCUUGACACCAGUGGUAAAGCUUCAUCAGGGACGGGGCCUCCGAGAAGCGAUGCAUCGUUCUAUCGGCCUCUCUCGGCAAGCUCUGCCGUCAGUCUCAGCACGCACCCUCUCGAAUCCGUCGCUACUCAGGCAUCUAAACCGGCUUCCUUCCUGACCAAGAAAAAUCCCCUUGUAACGAAAGGUUUGGCCGCAACCGGAAGAGGGGACUUGACCGGAGCGCCGACGCAGGCGCCGUCUCCGAAGAAUCUCCCCCCGAAGCGUGACGCCGCAGCACGCGCAAGGGGCGGCUCGACUCUGAUGGACGUUCUCUAUGGCGGGGAACGACGCGUAGGGUUUGCCCCUACCCCGGAGGACUCGUCCGCCUACUACAUUGAGCUCGCCGAUUUUCAGCAGCGACAGCAACUGGAGGUAGCAAGGAGCCGAGCCAAGAAGAUUCUCAUUGGAGGCCGCGCCGGCGGAAAAAGGGAAGAGCGAGAAAAUCCCUCUUCGGUUCCGGCCGAAAGGUUGAGCAUCGGAGACACGCCGGCAAACGUCCGCUUUCGUGAGCCCCAGACACUGAACAAGACCGCACUGAAGACCAAACGCCUCGUCAGCUUCGGGCCGGAGCUAGAAAGCGGUGGAACGCCAACCUCACCAUCCGGCAGCGCAGAUGACUCCUCAGCUUCGUCGGGCGCAGGAUCGGAUACGGCCGUCUCCGACGACGAAGGCCAUACCCACAUGUCCGACGUCAGAGCCUCGUUUUUAGACCAGGUGGACGAGUCGCUGUUGAUGCGUUCCACCUCUUUCCUGCGGUGCGGAGGCCGCGUCAUUCUUCGAACGCCAGUCGAAGGGGGCUUUCUUUCAGGAGAAAAUGCUGAGCAGUGGCCUCGAGACCGCAGUGCCGCCGACCGCAGAGUGAAACGUUGGGACGGAACGGUGUUUGGAGCAGAGGGCCGCAGAAAGCUGAAGGCUUCGAUGGCCGUCACGCGCGCGAUGCUGGCAGCUGCUCAGCCAGAGGGGCGACAUCGGUCCGCGCAAGUCAUCGACUCAAACUUCCUCGGCCGCGUUCUCAUUCAAAUCACAGACACAGACAGCCGACUCCGCGACGUCGCUGCGGAAGACGGCGUCGACCGACUCCAGGACCAUCUGGGCUACAAACCGGAUCCCCAGGCCGAUCCGGAUCUUUUCGUGGACGCUCGACAGGAAGUGAUCCCCGCAGGGUGUCUGGUCUCUGGCGGUCUGCAAGACCUCGAGAACAAAAUAGGGGAUCUGCUGUACCUUUCCGCGGGUACGCCGGCCGCUGUCGUCGAUACACUCCGGGGACGAUUCUACCACCGUGAGUACUUCACGAAAUGUGGGAACUUGUUGAUAUCUGUGUUUCCGCCAACGAACCGAGAACGUAUUUUGGACGCGGAAUUCAGCGAGGAAACCAGGUGGAAGUACUACGCCGGAGCGAUUCAAGACCUUCAGCCGCACCCUUUUCUGAUGGCUCGGCGGGCACUCGAGAACGUCUGGCUCAAACGGCGCAACCAGUUCAUCCUCACUUUCGGGGAGCUGGACGCAGCCCAGGAUAACAUCCAGAAGGAACUCUUCAGAUACAUCUACACCUUCGCACCUCGCUUCGCGCCAACCGACAAGGAUGGGAAACUCCCAGAAUCUGCGUACUCGACGGUGGACACGCAAAAUGAGCGUAAGGAAGUUCUCGAUACAGUGGAUCGCCUUCGCCAGGCACUUUCAAUCACGACAGAAGACGGUGGUGUCAGUGAGCGGUGCUUGGAUUUGGUGCGCGCCGAAUUCAACGCUGACAACUGCCUCAUCGGCAUGUCCUUCGUUCCCAACACAGCGCUGGAAGAGAACGUGGAGUUGAUUUCGUACGAAGCGCGGCGAACGUACUACCCUCUUCCUGUAGCGAACGUCUGCUACGCGAUUCUCUACGGCGUCUACCAUCAGCCGAGUCACCCAAUCUUGUCUCAGACUGGUCUCCUCCCGAUCGACGCCUCGUUUCUGCUGAAGCAGCUGCCGCCGCAACCCGUUCUCCCUUUCGAGGAAGUCCAGUGGGCUGCCUGUCUCCAGUUCUUUCAGGAUCUGCGAAAGAUCGGCUUGGCCGAAACAGAGGUCGGAGAGUUCACGCGCCUCGUCAGUGCGGCCCUCGUCGCGGACGCAAUAGAACACGCGCGGAUCGACGAGAUAAGAAUGGAGAGUGUUCCGCGAUCGCCACUGCUGAGAAAGAAACGGCUUCUCGCCGGGCGAGAUGCUGUGGAGCUGCUGGAGACGAUUCUGGAUCUCCCCUCAAACGCGCUGAAAACUCUCUACCAAACGGAGCACGUGUGGCAGGUUCGGACGCUGUCUCUAAAGUUGUUCGUUCGGCUUCGAUGGUGGCUUCUGGGAAGAAUCAACGAGGCGCUGCGGUGUCGAUACGCGGACUCCGGGCGCAGGACGAGCAUCGUCUUGAUGGCCUCGACAGGACUGGAUCUGCGCCGGCUCCACCCCUCUUGGUCGCUGUUGCAGCUUAUGCGGAACUACGUGGAUGAGUGCUUUCUGAAUCUCUUUGUUUCUUGGGGCUUUACCAUCGAAGAGGCGCUGUACGCGCGAGAAGGCGUGGAGAGCCCUGACGUGAAGUACCGAACCCCCCGAAAAGUCUUGGAGAUUAUCGGGGGUCAGAAAGGGAUCUUCGAUCAGCUGCGCGGGCUGCAUCAACUGUUCGCGGGCGAGUUCGUGACUGUUUCUUCUCUCGCAGCGGGGAACGCGGCGCAGCAAGUGGUGGCGGACGUCCUCGGACUAUCCCCGCCUGAAGACAUCUUCUUCACUCUUCCUGGCUACGAAUCGGCGAAAGCGAAGGCCAAACGUGCGGAGGAGAACGCCACGCGAGGUGGAAAGGACGCGAAGGGACAGGAACGCCAGGAAUUGGUUUUCUUGCGGAGGAGAACCUCCUACGGCAGGCCACACGCGGCGGGUCUUGAUGUCGCAACCUACCACAAGAAGGAUCCAAUCCUGGGGCAGUUCGUCGUGCGCCACUCUACCGGACAGGUGCGAUACGACGCUCGCGACUUCGUCUCUGUCAAUGCGUCGGCUUACACUCUUUCACCAGGCCUGAAGAACAUUCUCUUGAGGACGAGGCUGCCUCUGUUGCAACGCCUCGUGGGGGCCGAAGACGGGGUCGAGGACCUGUCUCCUACCCUCUUGCGAACGGACGUUGUGACGCAGUUCCAGCAACUCAUGAACUCAGUGCUUCUCUCCGAUUCGCCGGAUCCUCCAGAGAGCCAUUUCAUUGCGUCUGUGAACUCGGUUCGCGCCGAGGUUCCGUCAGUCGCCCUUGCGAACAACGACGCGACUGUGACUGACGACACGUGGGCGCGGGUGUCGUCAUUCACGCGCUCGCGAACGUUUGAUCCGGUGAAGAAGCUCCGGGACACGUUUGCGCCCCAGGACGCAGGCCGGCGCGAGAACGCCGGAGGCGGGUCCGACAGCAGCGGCGACGACUCGCAGCGGUCGCUGAACUCGCGGACGACGUCGAGUGGAAGCAGGCGAGGGGCCAACAAGAUCGCGCAGGCGCUGUCGACGUCCUCGACGGUUUCUUCGGCGGCUGACGGCGACUACAACGAAGAUGAGCCGCAAAGGAAGGGGCGAAGAGGCGCUGCGCUCUAUUGGCGACAAAAAGCCGUGCAAGUGCCUGGAUUCAUGGAGAUCUACACGCUCGAGCCGACGACGACCGACUUCGACUUGGACCCGAAACUCGCCUCGGGAAAGGACAUUUCCAUCGUGACUCUCUUGGAAGAGUCUGAACACCGCAAGCCGCUUCGCGCCGGCGAAGACGAGAAAAGCGCACUCUUCGACUACGCCCAUGUCUGGGGCCAACUCGGAGACCUCCAAGUCCUCAAUUACUGCAAGUUCCAACACCAAGGAAUGACCGUCCGCCUGACGUUCGUCGAGUUUCUUCGACUCUAUGCGAUACUCGUCGUACCCGUCUUCUACUCUCACAAUUCGAUCCAGGAGCUCCUCGGUUCGCGCAAACCGAAGGAGGCAGUGGUCUAUCUUCUUCAGACUCUCAAGUUUCCCACUUCGGACUACCAGCUCGGCCGCUCUCUUGUCUUUUUCCGGAAGCGCACGUUCCUCAUUCUCGAAAUGCAACGCUCGGCGUAUCUGCGGCGGGUCCUGCCAGCUGUGGCGACGCUUCGGCAGGCUUGGCCGACUUUCCGGGCGCGCCUCUUCCGAACGGAAAUGCAUUGGCUAGCUGUGCGCAUGCAGAGCCAGGCGCGACGGGUCAUUGCGUGCACGCAGCGGAAAGAGAUACGGGCGAUCGUCAAUCUCCUCACCGGCAUCGUCGUCGUCGGCAUGCACGUCAAUAAAUUCGGAGACGCGAAUCUCACAGAGGAGCAAGUCCGAAACAUGGAAACCAGAUACCGCGAAAAGGAAGUCUACUGCUUGAGGUGGGCCGCGACUACCUUCAUUCAGGCGUGGUGGAGGGGCAUCCUUGCGCGGAAGCUCGCCGGCGCGAUGCGGCAGGAGCUCCUGGUUACGUUGGCGUCGCAGAUUGUUCAGAAUGCCUGGCGUCGCUAUAGAGCCCAGGAAGUGCUGCUGAGCAGAGUCGAAUUCGAUGUCAUCCCGCGCAAGGCGGCGACAAAGAUUCAAGCCCAAGUUCGGAGGUGGAUUUACCAGCGCCGGUACCAGCGCAUUCGCGGGCUGACGCUUGCACUUCUCUCGAUUCGCCGCAAAGGGUCCAAGCUUUACGGCUUACGUGUGCAACUAAAUUACACACCGAUCUACAAACGCACGACGGUUGUCAGGGACAUGCUCAAGAUGAAAAAUGAAGAGGCAGUCGUGACGAUCCAGAGCAUGAUCCGCAUGGCUUACAUUCGGCAGCAGUACAUCACGCUCCGCAACGCAGCCCUGUAUUGUCAAGCAGCCGCGCUCACUCAGCUGAGAAGAUCGGAAUUCCUCAAGGCCAGAAAAGCAGUCGUCUACAUUCAGCGAUGGUGGCGCACGCGAAAAAUGCUGCUGGAGUCUCCGAUUCAGCACGCCCUACCUCCUGCGCCGAAGCUUCCAAAGGGGAGCCUACCGUUUCUGGCGAGACGCGAACGGACUUCCGCCGCUCUGCUUCGCGGGCCUCUGUUGGCUUCGCAAGGGUUCUUCGACGUCCUCACGCAGCGAUCGGGGAGGCGUUUCCUGAGCCUCCUCGAUUUCCAGGCCGUCCAAGAUAUCCGUAACAUCUACCCGCAAACCUGGGCGGCUCCACUUCUGCGCCUGGUGGAGCAAAUCCAGAAUGAAUCGACGCAGUUCAAGGAAGUGCAGACGGCUGUGGAGAAAGGCGCAGCGUUGAACCUGGAGCAGAUCGAGAUUGGAGGACAGCACUCCCUCGUGCUUCUUCACCAGCGCGUGCGCGUGGAGAAACAAGACUUUGGCCAGAAGGUCGCCUCCAGAAGCACCGGCAUGUACGAAGAAUUUGCGAUUUUCCGGCCCACAGUGUACGCCUGGGGAUGGAACGACCGAGGACAGCUCGGCACUCUGGACACACACAUGGAGACGGACGGGAUGGUUUGCGUCGGCCCUCUGAAAUUCAUAGACCGGCAAUUUCGGCGGUACAAAGACAAGAAAACAGGCCACCUCAUUCAUCUGCUUUCGCACGAGAUUGACUACUCGUACCAAGUUACCUGGAUCGGCACCGGUCUCGACCACUGCGUCGCAUUUGUCGGGGACGGCCUCGUCUUCUCCUGGGGUGACAACAGCGUCGGCCAGUGUGGUUUGGGCCACAGAAUCACCACGGUCUCGGAGCCUCAACUUAUUCAGUCUCUGAAAGAGCAAGGUGUGAUGGCUGUGAAUGGGUGCGUAGGACCUCGCCAUACAGCUAUUGUUGCGGCGGACGGUCAGUGCGUCGUUUUCGGCUCUGGAGCCUUUGUAGCGCUGGACACAAUUCCCCCCGACAGCAACUUUUAUACACCCUGUCGCGUUCCUCUUCCCAACGAUGCAUCUGCGAAAAUGGUUUCCUGCGGUUUUGGCUUCAACAUCGUUAUGUCCAACAGAGCCACUGGCGUCUACGGUUGGGGCCGAAACGACCUCGGACAGCUCGGGAUAGGCACAGAGAGAAAGUCGGUUAGAGAUUUGCCCAUUUUUAUCCCUCUUCCAAAGAGACCCAGUUUACCGUUGGUCGUGGAAAAAGUCGCAACGGGACCCGAUUUCGUCGUGGUCUGCGUCUCCCCUGCGAAAGGCUGCGUGUACACCUGGGGAGUUCACCUGCUUACAGAUCCUUCCGCCAGUGCCGGUGGACAAACUGCUGCCGCAGGAGUGGGGUCCGGCGUCCGGGGCGCGGCGGUGAAUCCCUUUUUGAAGAUGCAGGCAGUAAAGCCGACAGCACCAAAGAGUGCAGCGCCGGCGGCAAAGCCGCCGUACAGGCGGUUGACGAAACUGCGGGCAGUCUGCGAGCCCACGGUGGUGACCCAUCCUGUUUGGAAAGGAAGAAGGAUCGUGGACGUCGCGUGCGGCCUGCGAGAAGUGGUGGUCUUGACUGAUUUAGGGGUCGUUUUCGGGUUCCAAAACUCAGUCGUCAAGUGGAUCGAACAGGAGAAGCCGCCCGACACAGAGGCCACGACUGCGCCGCAGCCGUACAGCAUCUUUUUCAAGAAAAAAGAGGUGCCGCCCAAGGAACCCGAGCCGAGUCCAAAGGCGCGGGUCCCCUCGGCAAGAUUCAAACCGAUCAAAGGGAAAUUCGCGCUCGAACCGGGACUGUUCAGCUUCCGAUUCUGCAGGGCGUCAAAAAUCAUGGUCAAGGAACUUCGCAGCUCGUACUGCACCGUCUCCUGUAGCGCCUUCUGGGCGCACUGUGUCAAACGCACCAGACGCGAAGUCGAGGAUGUCCUUGCCGCCACCGAAUCGGAAGUGCUGAAGGAACAGCUGUCCUGUACAGGCGAUACUCUCAAGUUUCCUCCGUCCGUCAUCGCCAAGGCUAAGGAGGAAUACAAAAAAGUACAAGAGGAACAGAUGCUGGCGCUUCGACAACCCCCGCUGCAAAUGAAGGAUUACGCCCCGUGGCCGCGAGACAUGGAAUGGAGGCAAUUGAUGCCAGAUCCUCGUUUAGUGGCGCGUAUGAAGGCCGAGUACAGCAAAGAAGAUGCCAAGAGUUCCUCAACUGCGGGAGCAUGUGGAAGCACGUGA